AUGGCUUUGAUUUGCUUGGCUAUCGGAUGCCUGAAUACCUUUCUUAUUUGCACAGCUUUUGGCUAUACUUUGUCUCCAAACACCGAGAUAAAAGUUAAUCCACCUCAGGAUUUUGAGAUAGUGGAUCCUGGAUAUUUAGGUUAUCUCUGUUUGCAAUGGAAACCUCCACUGUCUCUGGAUAAUUUUAUGGGAUGCACUAUAGAAUAUGAAUUAAAAUACCGAAACAUUGAUAAUGAAAGAUGGACGACCAUCAUCACUAAAAAUCUGCAUUACAAAGACGGGUUUGAUCUUAACAAGCACAUUGAAGCAAAGAUACACACACUUUUGCCAGUGCAAUGCACGAAUGGAUCAGUAGUUCAAAGUUCGUGGUCAGAAGCUACUUAUUGGGCAUCACCACAAGGAAAUGUGGAAACUAAAAUUCAGGACAUGGAUUGUGUGUAUUACAACUGGCAAUAUUUAUUCUGUUCUUGGAAACCUGGCAUAGAUGUACAUUUUGAUACCAAUUACAACUUGUUUUACUGGUAUGAGGGCUUGGAUCAUGCAUUACAGUGUGUUGAUUACAUCGAGGCUAAUGGAAAAAAUAUUGGAUGCAGGUUUCCCUUUUUGGAGGCCUCAGACUAUAAAGAUUUCUAUAUCUGUGUUAAUGGAUCAUCAGAAUCCAAGCCUAUAAGAUCCAGCUAUUUCAUUUUUCAGCUUCAAAAUAUAGUUAAACCUUUGCCACCAGACUAUCUUAGUAUUACUGUGAAGAAUUCAUAUGAAAUUAACCUGAAGUGGAACAUACCUAGAGGACCCAUUCCAGCAAAGUGUUUCAUUUAUGAAAUUGAGUUCACAGAAGAUGGUGCUACCUGGAUGAGUACCACAGAUGAAAAUGAAAUGUACCUUUUGAGAACAAAUGAAAGCCUACAGUUAUGCUUUUUAGUAAGAAGCAAAGUGAACAUUUAUUGCUCAGAUGAUGGAAUUUGGAGUGAGUGGAGUGAUGAACAAUGCUGGAAAGGUGACAUAUGGAAGGAAACAUUGUCAUUUUUAUUUAUGCCAUUUGGUUUUGCGUCAUUAUUUCUUUUGUUAAUAACUUGUCUGCUUUUGUAUAAGCAAAAAGCUAUAUUGAAAAUGGGAUCUGCCAUUGGUCCCAAACAACAUCCCUAUCAGCCACUGACACUUCAGGCACCAUUGGAUGUGCUGGAUUAUAUGGCCCAAGUGGUAUAG